AUGAAAAACAGAUGUUCACCAGAGGCAUUACUAUCUAUAAUCUUUGGGAUGAGCAAAGAACAAAAAGAAUCUGUAAGAUUUAUGGGUUUUGGAUGUUUGUUAAAAAUGAAAAUCAUAGAUAUACCACUGAAGCUGGGAUUUUAUGUUCUUCAAAAUUUUGAUUCUGAGAGAAUGGUGAUAGAUAUUGAAGGAAAGGAACUAAAAGUAACAAUAGAGUAUGUUCAUGACAUGUUGGGCAUACCAAUUGGUGGAACCAAACUUACACAACUGGAUCAAUGGCCUAAGGAUGAUACAAGUUAUGAUGAAUGGAAGCAACAAUUUAAAAAAUAUUCAAUCAUCCGACUGAGUGCAAUCAAAAAAGUUAUUAUUUCUACCACACAAGCUGAUUUCAAUUUCAAAUUAAACUUCUUAAUUCUUUUUGUCAACACGUUUUGUGAGUCAAUAUCAAUGGGAAGAUGCAGCCUGUUUCCCUUGAGUUAUAUUUCAAGAAAAACAGAUAUCAGCAACAUAGACUGGUGCAGCUAUGUUUUGGAUUGUCUUGUCAGAACAAAAAACUCAUACAUACCAUACUCAGAUACCAGCUUCUUUGUUGGACCUUCAACUUUCUUAGUGGCAUAUGAAUCAAAAAUAUCUAAAAUGCUUAAUAGUUUCGAGAGGAUGAAGGAAAAGCUGAAUUCAAAGCUCAAUGGUGCGAUAACAAAGUUCCCUGAAAAGGAAAGUUUUAGGAUUUUCGAAGAAAAUACAACAAAUAUAAUUAAUGAAGAAAAAACUGAAGGCACAACUAUUUUUGAAUUUCCAAAGAAUGAAAGAAUAAAGAAUAAUGGAGAUAAUAAUCAAAAAGAAGGUGAAACUGAAGUAAAAGAGAAAGAUGGAAAGAAUAAUCAAAAUGACAAUGAUGAAGAGAAAAAAGCUGAUGAUAAUGAAGAAACAAAUAAUCAUGACGAGACUAUUCAACCAACUGAAAAUAAAAAUUUGUUGGAUAAAGUUGUUUACAACAUUGUGGACAAUGUCCUUGUAAAAGUAAUACUCUUGCAGAAAAGGAAAAAUCAGAAGGUGUACAUGAACAAGGAACAAAAGUUGAAAAAACAAAAUGAGAUGAUACAGAAACAAAUCAAAGACGACCAUCAGAAGGUUGUUAUCAGAUUAGCAAAGAAAAAUGUUCUUAAUCCAAAUCCAAUCUUUGUAUCAAUUCCUACUGAAGUAGGGCCAUCAAAGCAUGAUUUGGAUCAACCAAGAGAGAAGAAGCUUGCUGAUUCUUUCAAAUCACCUUUCAAACGCAGAAUAACAGACACAAAACCCAAACUGACACACCAGGAGAGUAUUGCCUGUGAAUGGUUGUUCAACUUACAAGGCAAUACAUUAGAUGUGGUUGUCCAGACAAAAUAUGUUCAGAUAACAGAAAUAGCAGUUAUGGAAAGUCUAUAA